AAUGUGUUCAAAUUCAUCUUGAAGACUACACAGACCAGCUUAUCUCUGUCAACGUCUUUCAGUACUAUGUACUGUAUUUAGAGGUAUUUAAAGGAGUCAGAAUUUUUCGUACAGAGACCGAUGAAGAAACCCAAGAAUUCCUAUCAAGAUUUGGAGCAAAUGGAACUGUAGUUAAGUGUGAUCAAGAAGCAGGUUAUGAUGCAAAUAGGCCCAAUGAUCAGCCAGUCACACACGCAGCAAACAGGGAUGAAGAUAUGUUGUUUGCAAAUGAUUCACAAGAAGAGGAAUUUAUGUUAAACCAGGCCUUACAGCAAAGUCUUGUGGAUCCACAUAACAAUGAGAAUGUUGAUUACUUUGGUCAUGAUAAUGGGGUAGAUGAUGUUGAUAAUGGUAUGAAUGAUGAUGGUGGUGGAGGUGCUGGUGGUGGUGCUGGUGGUAGUGGUGGUGGAAGUAGUGGUGGCGAUAGUGGUGGUAGUGGGAGCAGUGGCGGUUUGGGUGGCAACAGCAGCACUGGUGGUGGUAGUGGUGUUAGGGGCAACAGUAGCAGUAGUGGUGGCUGGGGCAGCAGUGGUGGUAAUGGUGGUGAUGGCACACGAAAACCAACUCGUAAACCAAACAUACAGCCACUAUUCAACCAGGAACACAAGCCAACAAAACAACCAGACACCAAUAAUCAUGUUGACAAAAACGACAACAAAAGCAACACAAGAGAAGUUCCAAAAGAACCUGUUCAGAAGGUCUCCACAAGCACAGUAACAGUGAAACAAGAAACUGAGGAAGAAGAGAAUGAUCUAGAGAAUAUACUGCAGUUUAAAUUCUACGACAGCCUAAAAAGUCACUCCAACGAUGAGGAUAAAGAAGGCAUGCGCAAGUCAAAACAUGAUUCAGAAGAUAAUAAACUUCACGAGAUAAUGGAAGAAAGUCACAUACAGCAUGAAAAAGAGGAAGAAGAAAGAAAAGCUUUACUGAGAAGCGUGUAUGACGAAGAAGAAGAAUUAAGAAUAGCAAUAGAGUUGAGUAAAAAAGAGAUGGAGCAUAAGAACAUAAAAGGGUUCGAAGAAAUUGGACAGGACAGGAUUUCUAACUCAGUUCCCAGUAAGAAUUCUGCUUCUACCUAUAGGAAUAACAGUGAGGGAAAUAAUGAAGAGGAUGAUCUACUAAAGGUUAUUGAACUGAGUAAGAAAGAUAGGACACAAAAUAAAAUGCAUGGGAAAGAGAUGGGAAAUUUAAUGGGAAAUUGUUCAGGAUCAGAUGCAUUAUUUACAAGUAGGGAAAAUAACACUGUUACGUAUCAUCGUUAUGAUGAUGACGAAGAACUGCGGAGGGUCAUUGAACUUAGUAAAAGAGAUGCCGAACAAAAAAGACUAGACACACACAAUGGAAAAUUAAAUUUACAGCAAGGAGAAGUUGGUGAUACUUCAAGAAAUAAUUCUCCAUCUCCAAACAAUUUCAGUGAUGACGAUAUCCAGCUUAAAAAAGUUAUGGAACUAAGUAAAAAGGAAUUUCAACAAAAUAUGCAAGAAAUUUCUCGAACAGAUCCAACGCUUAACAGCCAAGAUAUGGAACAUGAAGAUUGUUACUAUGAUUUAGAGGUCCCUGAUUUUGCUAAUUCAGGAACGCACGAUGAUGGUGUAGAAUUUUCAAGUAAAAGGAAUGACAGUUCUCCCUCUUUAUCGUCUAAGUUUUCUUAUCAAAAUAGUGGUGGGAAAUACAGCAAUAUAGACUUAAAAAGUUCAAGUUCUAAUUCUUCUUUGUAUCAGAAGAAAUUGUCAGAAAGCAGUAUCAAUGGCUUAAGAAAAGAUGAUAGUGAUGAUGAAGCUGUUCUUGUGGAAAGUCAGGACAUGAAAGAUGAUGACGAUGGUGAUGACGAUAUUGGUGGAAAGUUCAAAAAAAGGUUUGGUAAUGCUGCAAGAAAUUCUAAAGAAGAUAAAAACAGUUCUAGCCAUUAUUUGAAAGAUGACAGUGAUGAUAGUGAUGAUGAUAAUGACAUUGUUAAAAGGUUCAGAGAAAGGUUUGGCAAUGCUGCAAGCAACUCUAAAGGAGAUAAAAACUACAAUCUCCACAAUAAUAGCACACUACCUACUGAAGAUGCAAUACUCGUGGACAGCCAAGAAAUGGAGGAAGAUAAGACCACAGCACAGAAGCUGCAAGAAGGAUUUGACAAAGAGACAAGCCAUAUUGAAACCAAUAAAAAUGGCAUUUGCAGUAAGAACAAUAGUUUAUCGAUGAGUUUUGAUGAUGCAAUACUUAUUGACAGCCAAGAUGAAUACACAGAUGAACACAUAGCACAGAAGUUGCAAGAACAGUUUGAUAAGGAGGGUGGAAGGUCUAGAGAGAGUCAUGAUACAAACCAAUCAAGUUGCUUCGCUGAUGAUACCAUUCUUGUUGAUAGCCAGGACGAUAUUGAAGUGGAUAGUACUUCGGACUUUGAAACAGCACUACAGCUUCAAAAAGAGUUAAAUCAACAAGGUAACCAUAGUAACACCAGCGACAGACCAUCUUCCUCGACAUCCUCAUCAACAUCAAGCAAACUCCAAAGGGUAAAUACAAGGGAACAAAUUUCUUCUUAUCGUGAAGAGCAGCAAAAGAGGUUCAGGGAAACUAAGACUGGAAAAGCUCCCAAAAACAUGCCACCAGGACUGGCCUUCAGGCAGAAAGCGGAGGCAAUAGCUAGAGGAAAGGAAAGUUUACUUGCUGUUGUGCGACCAUUAGGUACUACUGAUAGCAGUACUCCGAGGAGGAAGGCUGAAAAACGUGGACAUGAUGGGACCAUUAAAAACAGGUUUGACGAUUCUCAAGCAGGUAGAAAAACAGCCAGAAAAUCCUGCCCCACCUCCACAAGCAUCCACACAGAAACCAGAAACAGUACAAAGAAUACUUCUGACGCAUCCUGCCUUGUGUUUCCUGUGUCAUCUUCAUCACCAAGACCACAAGAGAAGGAUUGGAGACCAAGUUCAAGGGGAAGAGAAAGGAAUAGUUCGUCAAGCAGCUCACUUGUUUUUCCUGGUUCUUUUUCUCCUCCAUGCGGAAGUGGUAAACAAACUACGCCGGAGUCUUCUGGUGGGGCAUUUUCUUUUCCAGGUUCUUCAUCGUACUCAAGGGAUUCAAGCUCUUCAUACCAGAACAACGCAAACAGUGGAUUUGUAUUUCCCAGUUCAUCUGAAUGUCCAAGCAGCCCAAGCCCCAGACCAUCCAGAGACACUUUAACAAGUAAUGCCUCACAAUCAGGCUUUAAACCAGAUGACGGGUUGAAGGGAUCAGCCAGUCCAACCAUCAUUAAUGGACCAAAAUGUUCAGACUGUGGUGAGAUAGGACACCGGAAGGGAACCAAGAGGUGUCCAUAUUAUUAUACUGAAGAAGCACAGAGGAAAAGAGAGGAGCAAGCAAGAAAAAGAAAAGAAAUACGUGAAGAGGAGGACAGACAGAUGCAAACUAGCAUUGAAGCCUUGGCUGCAGAGCAGUUACAAAGAGCUGAACAGGCAAAUCAGUUGCGAAGACAAAUUGAACAGUUAACCCAGCAGAAUGAAAACUUACCCAAAGUCGUAGAAGAUGCUAUGAAAUAUUUGAAGAAAAGACGCAAAAAGUAGUUGGUAAUCUGCAAGCGAAGGUUGGUUAGGAGUGGCCUUUUGUAUGAGUGGGAAAUGUUUAUGUCUGACUUAUAUCAAGAUAAUUACAGGACUCCAUCGUAGUUGCUAAGAUUUGCUCUGAAACUUGUCUGAGGAAGUAAUGCACUUGCAAGUCACAUACAACUUGCCCCAUUCAAAAGGCUAAAAAUUGUUGAUUUUUACAUCAUGUAGCAUAGAGCUACAUGUAGGGUUUAACUGAAUUACGGGGAAGUCGCCCAAAGGCUCUGUCUCCGAACUAAACUCGACUGGAGUCAUGGUUCAGUCAUCCUUUAUUAUUUUUAUUAAUAAAUGUUAUUUGGUUUGACAAUAUACCCUUUAGUGGUGAACGGCCUUCGACACCUGGUGACCGCACCAUGACUCUGGGCGAGUUUAGUUCGGGCGACCAAACUCUCAGGCAACUUCACCGAAUUCUGUUUUACUUCAUGUUGGUAGUUAUAAGCAUAAUCAAGAAUUUUAUAUCAUUUUUAUAUAAGAAAAAAAACAAUAUUAUAGGGUAAAUUUC